CACUAGAGUUAUCGCUCCAUUUCACUCUCAAAUGAACAUUUAUACAAAACCACUACAACACUACGCACUCGUUGUUAUUCUUUUUCUCUCUCUACUUCUCUAGCGCUGUAAAUUUUCGUGGGUUGAAAGACCUAAGAAAAUCUGUUUCAGCCUUUUGGCACUCUCUAUUUUGAUCUUCUUUUUUAGCUUUCGAAAUCCCAUUUCCUCUGUUUGUACUGCUCGUUUUUUUUAUUGACUUUCUGCUCUGAUUUGAAUCAUCAACAACAGCAAGAACAAAAACAAGAACAAGAAAUAGUUACUAGCUCUGUUUUUAUUUGAGGUUGAUUGAGCUAACUGGCUAUAAAGCUUUACAGACUUUGAUUGGAGCAGAGAUUCACUGUCAUAAACAACUAUACAGAACAAAAAAACCUGUGAAAAGUGAGGGGCUUGCUUUCAAGAAGAGGGUGUCUUUUUUGAGUGAAUUGGUGAAAAGGGUCUUGUCAUUGUUGGGCCUGCUCUGCUAGUGAUGAAUGGAAUUGUGAGCAUGCCGGUUGUACAUGUCCUGGAAUCGAACAAGAAUUGAAUCUGUUGAAGAAGGAGCUUUUGGUUUGAAUUUGUGGGUGCUCCCAUGAGUCAAGAACAGAAGCGAGGGAAGCAGGAGAAAGGCUCUGAUGAUGCUGAGAAGGUUGUUGUUGCUGUUAAGGCAUCGAAGGAAAUUCCCAAGACUGCUCUGGUGUGGGCCUUGACCCAUGUUGUUCAACCUGGGGAUUGCAUUACAUUGCUUGUGGUUGUUCCUUCACAAGGUUCAGGAAGAAAACUUUGGGUUUUCCCAAGAUUUGCUGGUGACUGUGCCAGUGGUCACCGGAGGACUCAUUCAGGUGCAAGUUCAGAUCAGAAAUGUGACAUUACAGAUACUUGCUCCCAAAUGAUCCUUCAACUACAUGAUGUUUAUGAUCCAAAUAAGAUAAAUGUCAAGAUAAAAAUUGUUUCUGGAUCACCUUGUGGUGCAGUUGCUGCAGAGGCCAAGAGAGCUCAAGCCAGUUGGGUUGUACUAGACAAACAGCUCAAACAUGAGGAAAAACGAUGCAUGGAAGAGUUGCAGUGCAACAUUGUUGUUAUGAAGCGUUCCCAGCCAAAAGUUCUCCGCUUGAAUUUGGUUGGUUCAUCUAAGAAGCAUUCUGAAGUAGCCUGCCCAUUACCCUCAGAGAUAGACAAAGAAUCUGAAAAGAAUCCUAAAAAGAAGAAUGAUUCUUUAAGUUCUAUUCCAGGGCCGGUAGUGACUCCAACUAGUAGUCCAGAGCUAGAGACACCAUUUACAGCCACUGAAGCUGGAACUUCCUCAGUUUCAAGCUCAGAUCUAGGAACUUCACCUUUUUUCAUCUCAAAGAUGAAUGGGGAUCUUAAGAAAGAUGAUUCAUUAGUCAUUGAAGAGAAUGAGGAUCCUGAUAAUACUAGUUCCGAUGCGGACAGUGAGCACUUAACUUCAUCUUCAAGAAGUUUGAGGUUCCAACCAUGGAUGGGUGAAUUUAUAACUUCUAAUUUUCAGUCCUCACAAGAUACGGAUAGAAGCUCACAGAGACCUUUUCAUAAGCCUCAAGCAUUAAUGUCCAAAACUUUGGUAGAGAAGUACUCAAAACAGGAUGGAGAACCUGGAAUUGGAAUGCAGCACUACAGAACUGAUAUGGACUUCAAUGGAAAUGUUAGAGAAGCAGUUUCGCUAUCGAGAAAUGCACCUCCUGGCCCCCCUCCAUUGUGUUCAAUCUGUCAACACAAGGCACCUGUCUUUGGAAAACCUCCAAGGUGGUUUAGCUAUGCUGAAUUGGAGCUUGCUACUGGUGGAUUUUCAAAAGCCAAUUUCUUGGCUGAAGGAGGGUUUGGAUCUGUUCACAGAGGUGUUCUACCAGAUGGUCAGGUAGUUGCUGUCAAGCAACACAAAUUGGCUAGUUCCCAGGGGGAUGUUGAGUUUUGCUCGGAAGUAGAAGUUUUGAGUUGUGCUCAGCACCGAAAUGUUGUUAUGCUGAUUGGUUUCUGUAUCGAGGACAGACGAAGGUUGCUGGUUUAUGAAUUUAUAUGCAAUGGGUCACUGGAUUCUCAUCUAUAUGGACGACAUCAGGAGCCAUUAGAAUGGGCUGCACGUCAAAAGAUUGCCGUGGGAGCUGCACGGGGGCUUCGGUAUCUUCAUGAAGAAUGCAGAGUGGGUUGCAUUGUACACCGUGACAUGCGGCCAAACAACAUCCUCAUCACCCAUGAUUUUGAACCACUGGUUGGUGAUUUUGGCCUAGCAAGGUGGCAGCCUGACGGAGAUAUGGGUGUGGACACAAGAGUAAUUGGAACGUUUGGAUAUUUGGCUCCAGAAUAUGCUCAAAGUGGCCAAAUCACAGAAAAAGCUGAUGUUUACUCCUUUGGGGUUGUAUUGGUGGAGCUGGUUACAGGAAGAAAAGCAGUGGACCUUAACCGGCCCAAGGGCCAGCAGUGUCUUACUGAAUGGGCACGCCCAUUAUUGGAAGAUUGUGCCAUUGAUGAACUGGUUGAUCCACAGUUAGGGAAUCACUAUUCAGAACAAGAGGUCUUUUGCAUGCUGAACGCUGCAUCAUUAUGCAUACAACGGGAUCCUCAUUCUAGGCCUCGCAUGUCACAGGUGCUCCGCAUACUAGAAGGUGAUAUGGUCAUGGAUGCAAAUUACAUUUCAACACCUGGGUAUGAUGUGGGGAGCAGGAGUAAUCGGAUUUGGGUGGAGCAGCAGCAGCAGCAACAACAUUACAGUGGUCCCCUAUUAAAUGAGGCAAUUGAAGGGUUUAGUGGGAAGCUGUCUCUUGAAAAUUCAAGGCAAUCUUAUUGGGAAAGGGACAAGGCAAGAACUUCAUGUGCUGAUGAUUUGUAAAAAAGUCUCAGCCAUUUAGAAUUACAUGCUUAGAAUGCUAAACAUGUACUUUGCCCUUUUUGUAUUUUCUUCUCCCACUCAUAUAUUUUUGUCCAAUGACAUCUAGAUUUUGCUUCUGUACAGUAGGAAGGGUAGUAGGAAAUAGCAGGGUUUUGUAAUUCUUUUGGAAAUGAAGUGAAGUUAAAACCACCAAAAUGGCCAUGCUCAUAUCUUCAGUGAAAUACGUUUUUAGUUAAAUGUCAAGAUAGCAGCUCUCAGGAA